GUGCUCCUCAGUAAGAAGGAAAAAGCUCCCGCUUCCACCAUUUCCUUGGCAUCACUUUGACCUAAUUCAACUGAGAAAGAUAUUAAGGUUGUUGUUGGAGCUAUCUUCUGUAGUUGAAGAUGGAGGAACACAAAAAUGGCACAAAUGCAUCCGAAGACGAGGCGGUGAUAGGACCGGGUCCUGCACCACGUGCUCGACGCAAGCGACCUCUCCAGUUCGAGCAGGCCUACCUCGACGCCUUACCCUCCGCUAACAUGUACGAGAAGAGUUAUAUGCAUCGUGAUGUUGUUACACAUGUCGCUGUUUCGGCUGCAGAAUUUUUCAUUACCGGAAGUGCUGAUGGACAUUUGAAGUUUUGGAAGAAAAAGCCUAUUGGUAUUGAGUUUGCGAAACACUUCAGAUCUCAUCUUGGUCCAAUUGAAGGUCUAUCUGUUAGUAUUGAUGGCCUGCUUUGCUGUACAAUAUCAAAUGACCGUUCUGUGAAAGUAUAUGACGUAGUCAACUAUGACAUGAUGGUCAUGAUUCGCUUGCCAUAUGUUCCUGGUGCCGUUGAAUGGGUUUACAAUCAAGGGGAUGUCAAAGCUAGGGUCGCCAUUAGUGAUAGGAACUCAUCUUUUGUGCACAUAUAUGAUGCACGAGCUGGUUCAAAUGAUCCUAUCAUCUCCAAAGAGAUACAUAUGGGUCCUAUUAAAGUUAUGAAGUACAAUCCUGUAUAUGAUUCUGUAAUUUCGGCAGAUACAAAGGGGAUCAUUGAAUAUUGGAGCCCUACUACACUUCAAUUCCCGGAGAAUGAGGUUAAUUUUAAACUGAAAAGUGAUACAAACCUCUUUGAAAUAGUAAAAUGCAAGACUUCUGUUUCAGCUAUUGAGGUCAGCCCAGAUGGUAACCAAUUUUCUAUUACAUCACCUGACCGUAGGAUACGUGUGUUUUGGUUCAGAACGGGUAAACUAAGGCGAGUUUAUGAUGAAUCCCUGGAGGUUGCUCAAGAUCUCCAAAGAAGUGAUGCUCCGUUAUACCGGUUGGAAGCCAUUGACUUUGGUCGAAGAAUGGCUGUUGAGAAGGAAAUAGAGAAGACCGAAAGUGCUCCACUUCCGAAUGCUGUUUUUGAUGAAAGUUCUAAUUUUCUUAUAUAUGCAACCUUGCUUGGGAUUAAAAUUGUUAAUUUGCACACCAACAAAGUUGCUCGAAUACUUGGAAAGGUGGAGAAUAAUGAUAGAUUCUUAAGAUUAGCUUUGUAUCGAGGUGAUCGGAGUAGCAAAAAAGUAAGAAAGAUUCCUUCAGCAGCUGCAAAUGCCAACGAGAGCAAGGAGCCUUUGACUGAUCCCACUCUUCUGUGUUGUGCCUUCAAAAAGCACAGGAUAUAUUUAUUCAGUCGGAGAGAGCCAGAAGAGCCAGAAGAUGCAACUAAGGGGAGAGAUGUGUUCAAUGAAAAGCCUCCUGCUGAUGAACUUUUGGCAGUUUCAGAUAUUGGAAAGGCAGUUACCACAUCUCUUCCUGACAAUGUGAUUCUACACACAACUAUGGGUGAUAUUCACAUGAAAUUAUACCCAGAGGAAUGUCCAAAAACUGUGGAGAACUUCACAACUCACUGCCGAAAUGGCUAUUAUGACAAUCUUAUUUUUCAUCGGGUCAUCAAAGGCUUCAUGGUACAAACAGGAGAUCCUUUAGGAGAUGGCACUGGCGGGCAAUCUAUUUGGGGGAGGGAAUUUGAGGAUGAAUUUCACAAAAGCUUAAGGCAUGAUAGGCCUUUCACAGUGUCAAUGGCAAAUGCGGGCCCAAAUACAAAUGGUUCUCAGUUCUUUAUCACCACAGUGGCUACUCCGUGGUUAGACAACAAGCAUACUGUAUUUGGUAGAGUUGUGAAGGGAAUGGAUGUUGUACAGGCUAUAGAAAAAGUGAAGACAGACAAGACAGAUAAGCCGUAUCAAGAUGUUAAAAUUCUAAAUGUCACUGUACCCAAGUCCUGAAUGUCAUUGGUCUGCAUGACUGAUGCAGUCAGUCAUCAAUACUGGUGAUAGGUGGCUGAAGAAGUUUAAGGUAGUGUUUGGUUCGGAAGAAAUUUUUUUUUACUAGGGAAAUGUAAUUGAUAGGGAAAUGGUUGGAAAGUGAGUUUGGUAGGAAAAUGUAAAAAAAGUUAUUUGGUUGACCGAAAUAUUAUCAGGGAAAUUUAUUUAAAUAUGCAAAAUUUAUAUU